AGGAUUAGCGCCAGUCGCAGAGUCUGCUUCUCUCCUUUGAUGAUCCUUCCAUUAAUCUUCAUCUUCAUCUCCCCAUCUCAGCAUCCUUCUUCCUUUCGAUUUCAUCAGUUUCUCGACCUCAGUUCAUCCGCUGACUGCGCUGGACUUCACUGGAUCCUCUUGGACUCCGUAAACCCUGAUCUGGUUUUUUUUUCUCUGGGAUCUCACUGCAAAGACGCUCUAGGCUGUACAUCUCCCGUACUCCCCGUACUCUCGUACUCGGCGCCAGGCAGCCCUUCCUGGACACAAUAUCGCUAGGCUGUAUUCCAGCUGUAGGCGGCUAUUCUCUGGUCAACAGUGAAUGCGCUCGUGGAGUCUGUAGUGAAGAAUCGCCAGGGACUCGAUUAAACAUAUUCUUUCCAUACCGAGGGAUUGUCCGUCGCGUCACGAAACGCAGUAGCCCGGAACUCUCGAUUGCUUCCUCCCAUCUGCAUAAAGCCUUGACGGGGAACUCUUUUCUUUCUUUCUUUUGCGACUCCCCUUACACGUGGACUUCACGGUAGUAUUUCCCGCCAUGUCUUCCGCAGUAGCUGAACUGGAGAAUCUUCUCCAAUCCAUGCUGGCUCUUAAGCCGCCUGGCGUAUCCGGCUCAAAGAUUGGUGGCAUCACAAACUUGUGCAAUGCCAACGUGCAGAAUGAAUCAGUUCUCAUCCAGAAAAUUUACACUCACUUCAAGAAGGCCCCGGGCUCCCACAAGCUGGGUGUGCUCUAUGUGGUAGACUCAGUAACUCGACAAUGGGUAGAGGCCGCGCGCAAGGCCGGCCAGGUUCCUGGCGGCGAUGCGCCUGAUGGAACUUUCGCCGCCGGUGUCAAGCGUGUCACUGAUCUCUUGCCUGUCCUGAUGACAGACAUCAUCAAUAACGCUCCCCAUGACCAAAAGGACAAGAUCAAGAAGCUGGUCGACAUCUGGGAACGCGGUGCGACUUUCCCGUCCCCGAUGCUCAAUUUGUUCAAAGAGAAACUGAACACUGCUCAAAAUGUCGAAUCGAACACCCCCGAAGGAUCUCCUGCACCGAACACCAACCCGAUCGGAAUCCCGCAACAGUCGGCAGCGCCCGAUACCUCGAGCAUCCUGAAAGCUUUGGCCGACAUGGCCAAGCAGAACACUACCGCGCCUGCUGCACCUUCCGCUCUUGCGCCGGCCAACCCUCUGGGUGGUUUCAACUCAGCCUCUGUGACCCCUGCCAAUGAUCCGAGUUCGCAUAUGGCUGCUGCCAUGAAUGCACUUGGCGCCGGUGGACCUGUCGCGCCUCCCUUCGCAGGCAUGGCCGGCAUGGGUCAGAACCCUGCUCUUCAGCCGCAGAGUCAAAGUGGAACUCCGAUCUCGAUGCCCGCUGCAAACCCGUUGAACGCGAUGCUUCCUCAGGCUGCGCAGCCUGCCGCACCCGACUCGAACGCCAUGGCACAGCAGCUCCAGCUACUUCAGAUGCUCGCUGCUCAGGGUAUCCCUCAGGAUCAGUGGGGAACUGCCUUGCAGCUCUUCAGCAUGACCAACAAUGGUGGCAUGGGCGGUAUGCCGGGUAUGCCUGGAAUGCCUGGUAUGCCUGCGAUGCCUGGAGGCCCGAUGGCUGGAUUCAACCCGAUGCAAGGACAGAACAUUGGUGGAUGGGGCAACCCGGACCCGCAGAAUAAUGAUGACCGUGGCCGUGAAUACCCUCGCUCGCCGCCCACUGGAUAUCGUCGUCGUUCUCGCUCUCCAGGCUGGGAUAGACGCCGUACUGCUUCGCCCCCUCGCCGUCGUGACAGCCCUGUUUAUGGAGAGUAUGGUGAAUCGCCUGGUCGUCGUGGAGACCCGCGUGAUGCACGUGGCCGUCGUGGUAAUGAAUAUCGUCAACGUAGCCCCCCUGGUGGCCGUGGUGGUAGACGUCGCUCGCCUUCGCCUGCUCGCAACAAGGAUCCUAACCUGCCUCCCCCUGGACCCAAGUUCAUUGAAUGGGACUAUUCGAUUGGCCAGGGUAUGAUCAAAGUCUUGAGUCGAACUCUUUUCGUUGGUGGUGUCACCUCCUCUGAGGCUCACCUGCGUCAGCUCUUUGGUCAGUUUGGUAUUGUUCAAACUUGCAUUGUCAACGUGGACAAGCGCCACGCUUUUAUCAAGAUGGUUAGCCGUACCGAUGCCAUGCAGGCACGUGAUGGAAUGGAAUCUUACCGUACCGGCGAGAUGCAACUCAGGACCCGUUGGGGUGUUGGCUUUGGCCCCCGUGACUGCAGCGACUACCAAACUGGAGUUAGCAUUAUUCCGAUUGAGCGACUGACCGAGGCUGAUCGCAAGUGGAUGCUUUCCGCGGAGUAUGGUGGAACUGGUGGACGUCCGAUUGAAUCUGGAAUGAUUGUUGAGGAGCCCGACAUUGAAAUCGGCGCAGGUGUUUCCUCCAAGGCUAUCAGCCGUCGCAUCGCCACUGACACUGGCGGCAAGCGGGGCCCAAUUUCCACUCGUACCAACCCUAACCCCCAGGAUGCUCGUUUCGGCGGUCGUCGUCCUGAGCGUGAUGGAUAUGGUGGCGGUCCCCAGACGGGUGGUGAACUUGACAUGCCUAACAUGAACAACCAGGGAGCCGCACCUGCCGUUCCUUCGUAUGGUUUCAACUUUGCCAGCAUGCCCAUGCUCCCUCCCGGAUUCAUGAUGGGUGGUCAGCCCGGUAUGCCUGGUGCUCAGCCUCCUUCCGGUGGUCAGGGCAACUGAUUUUUCUUGAUUCCUCAUUGAUGCGUGCAUAUGGUCCAAAAUAGGUUGCGCGCACCGCGCAUGGCAAAGGCGUUGGGGGAUUGGACUCUUUUUUUUAUCUUGAGGCAUAUCAUUCGGCGGGGGGAGGUUUUCGUUCUUUCUACUUCUCUUAUCUUUUUAAUUCCCACAGUUGUGCAUGAGGUCUCGCCAAUGAUGGCUGAAUCAGGUGGACACAUUCGGAUGAAACAAAUUUUACCAGAGAAAUUCA